GUAGGUGGAGAAGGACAGUCUGGGGAGUAAACGCGGAAGAAGUAAAACUACACGAUAGAAACAUAAGAAACAAAAAGCACGAUAGAUCGAGAUUUUAGGCUGCGGGACGAACAACAAUAAGAAGUUCAUGAUGGGCCUGUGUGACGGCCUCUCCCACUGCAAACUGGCUCUGGCCUUUGCUGUGUUUAUGGAUUUACUGGGAGGAUCCGCUCUGCUGGUGGGAGUCUUUGCCCCCCUGGAGAUCAAGGGGCAGGACUAUGGAGACCUACUGGUCUAUACUGGAGCUCUGUUCGUGCUGACGUCUCUGGCCGGCUGGGUGUUGUGGUACAGCGGAAACAUCGACGGCCUGACGUCCAAGAAGGAGCUCGGACACAUCAGCAGCGCCGUGGACCGGCUGGCUCGCAGACUCAGCCGCAAGAUCCGCAUCCACAGGAGCCAAAUCUGAGCCACGGACAGGAAGUCUGACUACAUUUCAGUGUAAAAGUCUGCUGAUGCUUGUGUUUGUGUUACAGACACUGAGUUGAACUUUUUAGUGUUACACGCAUGUCGAGAAACAUUUCAGUUACAGAUGUGCACCUGCUGUUCUGUUACAUAAUCCGGAUAUUGAUGUUUUAUUAUGAUCAGUAUUUUUAUGUUUUUGAUAUGACUGUCAUUCAUUAAAGCAGUGGUCCCUCCUUUCAAUAAAUGCAUUUUAUACAUUAUAAACAU